UUCUUUGUAGUAGCCACGAAUACUCCGAGGUGAUCGGUUCGUAAAAUCUCUCAGUUUCAGAUCAAUUAAUUUAUACAAACAGCAGCAACAUGAGCAACGUGAACAUCGUGGAUGAGGAUCUGACACCUGAGCAAAUUGCCGUGCUCCAGAAGGCGUUCAACAGCUUCGAUCAUCAAAAGACUGGCAGCAUACCCACCGAAAUGGUUGCCGAUAUUCUCCGUUUGAUGGGUCAGCCCUUCGACAAGAAGAUCUUGGAGGAACUGAUCGAGGAGGUUGACGAAGACAAGUCUGGUCGCUUGGAAUUCGGUGAGUUCGUGCAGCUGGCUGCCAAGUUCAUUGUGGAGGAGGAUGCCGAGGCCAUGCAGAAGGAGCUGCGCGAGGCGUUCCGCUUGUAUGAUAAACAGGGCAACGGCUUCAUUCCCACCACCUGUCUGAAGGAGAUCCUCAAGGAGCUCGACGAUCAGCUGACCGAACAGGAAUUGGACAUCAUGAUCGAGGAAAUCGAUAGCGAUGGCUCCGGUACAGUUGAUUUCGAUGAAUUCAUGGAGAUGAUGACCGGCGAGUAAAUAAACCCAGACCCAAGAGCCGCACACACACAGAUACACACUGACACACACAGACACACACAGACACUACCACCACACUUACACACACUUGCACCCACCUGUUGGGCACACGUUUAUUUGUUUAUAUUUGUACAUUUGUUUCAUUUCGUAAACAAAUCCACGUAUUUCAAUUGAAAACAAGCCACAAAUUAAUAGCAUUAAACUUUUGUACUACUUUUUUAUACCAAAAAAAAAAAAAAAAA